CAAGCGCGUCUGUAUCUGUAUUUCCCGAGCGAGUGAAAUAGAUAAGUAAAUGAACCAGCAAAGGUUAAGUUUGUAUGACAUCGGGUUUUGUAGUGCAAGCGCCGUGAUUACAGCGCUGAUUCAAUGUUGUAUUCUAAUUUUGUUUAUUUCGAUGUUCGGGAAUGACAGUCGCCUGUCAAACGUUGGCGGGAAAACGUGGGAUUCGAUUUUUUUUACCUUUUAAAUUUUGACUAUGACUGUGAUAGUGUUGUGAUGUGUUUAUGACUCUAUGUUAAUCAUUGCGUUUUUCAUUGGAGUUAUUGUUGUUUGUUACCUUUUCAAGUUGUUUAGAGCACGAAACCAAAAAGCGGUUUGUGCUUAUAGCAACAUGUCUGAGCAGCAGGAGAAAGGGCGCUGCUCGUCCAGCGAGAGUGAUAACUUUGAGAAGAUCGACUCUGAUGACGUCAAAAAUGGAGAGACGGAAGUAGAUUUCGUGGUGGGAGACGAGAGUCCAGACUCCCCGGAACCGGAUGACGUCCCCGCGCACGAGGGUCGGGACCAGUUCCCCAACGCGCCCCCGCCCAAUCUGCGGAGAGUAAUGACUCCUGCGCAGCAACUCGCUUUGGCGGAGAAGAGGAGUAGACUCAGGCCGUCUAUGUCCCAAGGCACUGUGAUCCACAGUCAGCGGUUCCAAGAGAAGGACUUCACCAUCGCCACGCCCGAGGAGUUUGUCAGGAGGUUUCAGGGCACCAAGCCCAUCAAUAAGGUGUUGAUAGCGAACAACGGUAUUGGCGCGGUGAAAUGCAUGCGAUCCAUAAGAAGAUGGUCCUACGAGAUGUUCAAGAACGAGCGGGCCGUACGCUUCGUUGUUAUGGUGACCCCGGAAGACCUGAAAGCGAACGCGGAGUACAUCAAGAUGGCGGACCACUAUGUUCCGGUUCCUGGCGGGUCCAACAACAACAAUUACGCGAACGUGGAGCUUAUUGUGGACAUCGCGAUACGAACCCAAGUGCAGGCUGUCUGGGCGGGCUGGGGCCACGCAUCAGAGAACCCCAAGCUGCCGGAGCUGCUCCACAGAGCCGGGGUGGUGUUCAUUGGACCUCCGGAGAAGGCCAUGUGGGCUCUGGGUGACAAGAUCGCCUCGUCCAUUGUAGCCCAGACCGCUAAUAUACCAACAUUGCCUUGGAGUGGCAGCGAAUUGAAAGCUGAAUACAACACGAAGAAAAUUAAGAUCUCAUCGGAACUUUUCGCUAAAGGCUGUGUGACUAGUCCCGAGCAAGGCUUGCAAGCUGCCAAUAAAAUAGGGUUCCCCGUGAUGAUCAAGGCGUCUGAAGGCGGCGGCGGUAAAGGCAUCAGGAAGGUGGAGAACCCAGACGAUUUCAACAACAUGUUCAGACAGGUGCAAGCCGAAGUGCCCGGGUCGCCCAUUUUCGUGAUGAAACUCGCGAGGUCUGCUAGACAUUUGGAGGUCCAGCUGUUGGCAGAUCAAUAUGGCAACGCGAUAUCAUUAUUCGGUCGCGACUGUUCCAUCCAGCGUCGCCAUCAGAAGAUCAUCGAGGAAGCUCCCGCCGCCGUCGCUAAACCUGACGUCUUUAUUGAGAUGGAGAAGGCCGCCGUCCGUCUAGCUAAAAUGGUGGGUUACGUCAGCGCGGGAACUGUGGAGUACUUGUACGAGCCUGCCUCCGACACGUACUACUUCCUGGAGCUGAACCCCCGUCUGCAAGUGGAACAUCCUUGCACCGAGAUGGUUGCCGAUGUCAAUCUGCCCGCUGCUCAGUUGCAGAUCGCCAUGGGCCUCCCCUUGUACAACAUCAAGGACAUCCGCCUACUGUACGGGGAGUCGCCCUGGGGAAUGACCCAGAUUGACUUCGACGAGCCCAAGCAGAGGCCGUCUCCGUGGGGGCACGUCAUCGCCGCCAGGAUCACGUCGGAGAACCCCGAUGAAGGAUUCAAACCGUCCUCGGGCACUGUUCAAGAGCUGAACUUCCGCUCCUCGAAGAACGUGUGGGGAUACUUCAGCGUGGCCGCUUCGGGGGGGCUCCACGAGUUUGCCGACUCCCAGUUCGGCCACUGCUUCUCUUGGGGCGAGACCAGGGAGCAAGCGAGAGAAAACCUGGUGAUAGCCCUCAAAGAGUUGUCCAUCCGUGGCGACUUCAGGACCACUGUGGAGUACCUCAUCACUUUGCUGGAGACGACCGCCUUCCAAGAGAACAACAUCGACACCAGUUGGCUGGACGCCCUCAUUGCUGAGAGGAUGCAGUCGGAGAAACCCGAUAUAAUGCUUGGAGUAAUCUGCGGCUCAAUCCUCAUAGCCGACAACAUCAUCACGGCGCAUUUCCAGGAGUUCAAGAGCGCUUUGGAGAAGGGUCAAAUACAAGGCUCUGGCCAGCUAUCCAACUGUGUGGACGUGGAGCUCAUACACAGCGGGCACAAGUACAAGGUGCAAGCGACCAAGUCUGGUCCAACUUCGUACUUCCUCGCCAUGAACGGCAGCUUCAAGGAGAUGGAGGUGCACAAGCUGACUGACGGCGGUAUCCUGCUGUCGAUAGACGGUGCUUCCUACACCACGUAUUUGAAAGACGAAGUGGACAAAUACCGAAUCGUGAUUGGUAAUCAGACCGUGGUGUUUGAGAAGGAGAAGGAUCCGUCCAAACUGAGAGCGCCAUCUGCCGGGAAACUCAUCAAUACUCUCAUCGAAGAUGGCGGCCAUGUUGACAAGGGGCAGCCGUACGCUGAAAUCGAGGUUAUGAAAAUGGUGAUGACCCUGUCCGCCCCUGAGUCAGGCAAGGUCACGUGGAACCUCCGCCCUGGAGCUGUGCUGGACAUGGGCUCGCUUAUAGGAACACUAGAGUUGGACGACCCCUCCCUAGUGACCACCGCCCAACCUUACAAGGGACAGUUCCCGCUGGAGGACAAUUCCCCCGUGUCGGAGAAAUUGAAUCACGCGCACAACAAGUACAGAGCCAUAUUGGAAAACACGUUGGCUGGUUAUUGCCUCCCGGAGCCCUACAACACGCCUCGUCUGCGGGAAAUCGUGGAGAAGUUCAUGUCCAGCCUCAGAGACCCCUCGCUGCCUUUGUUGGAGUUACAAGAGGUUCUAUCAUCGGCCUCCGGCAGGAUACCCAUAGCUGUGGAAAAGAAAGUGAGGAAACUGAUGGCGCUUUACGAGAGGAACAUCACAAGUGUGCUGGCUCAGUUCCCGAGCCAGCAGAUAGCCAGCGUUAUUGACCACCACGCCGCGUCGCUGGCGAAGCGCGCCGACAGAGACGUGUUCUUCAUGAGCACGCAGGCGCUGGUCGUUCUGGUGCAGAGAUACAGGAAUGGGAUCCGAGGUAGGAUGAAGGCGGCAGUCCACGAUCUCCUCAAGCAGUAUUACCAAGUGGAGUGCAAUUUCCAAUUAGGUUCAUACGAUAAGUGCGUGGCGGCGCUCCGCGAACGCUACAAGGAUGACAUGCAGCCCGUGGCCAACAUCAUAUUCUCACACAAUCAGGUGCCCAAGAAGAAUCUGUUGGUGACAUUACUCAUUGACCACCUGUGGUCGAACGAGCCAGGUCUGACUGACGAGUUGGCGGCGACUCUCAACGAGCUGACGUCGCUGCACAGGGCCGAGCACAGCCGGGUGGCGCUCAGGGCUAGACAGGUCCUAAUCGCCGCUCACCAACCCGCCUACGAGCUUCGUCACAACCAGAUGGAGUCAAUAUUCUUGUCGGCCGUGGACAUGUACGGUCACGACUUUCACCCGGAGAACCUUCAGAAGCUGAUACUGUCGGAGACUUCCAUAUUUGACAUACUCCACGAUUUCUUCUAUCACACCAACGCGGCGGUAUGCAACGCAGCCCUUGAGGUCUACGUGCGCCGCGCUUACACGUCAUACGACAUCACUUGCCUCCAGCACCUGGCUUUGUCCGGGGAACUGGGCGUGGUACACUUCCAGUUCAUACUGCCGACGGGCCACCCUAAUAGAAUACCAAUCAGCCAAUCAGAGAUCGAGUUGUCAGCCGCCCAAGACCAGGAGGGUAUACCGGCGGAACUGUCCGCCGCCGCGAUGAGGAAGUGUCACCACCGCACCGGGGCCCUGGCCGCCUUCGAGUCCUUCGACCAGUUCGUCCAGUACGCUGAUGAGUUGCUGGACCUGGUGCACGACUUCGCCAGCUCCGCCAACGUCAGAAGAGAGGACCUCCAAGCGUUGCAAGACGGCAGCGAAAGCCGGGACAGCACUAGUAUUAACGUGGGAGCCGAUUACAAAGCGGCCGACGUCGAAGAUGUGCCUCUAGAACCGAUACACAUACUGAUGAUAAGUAUUCGCGAUAAUGGAGAAUCUGAUGACGCUCAAGUCGCGAGGCGUUUCGGUAACUUCUGUCGGGCGCACAGGCAAGAGUUACAGCAGAAGAGGAUCAGAAGAAUCACCUUCAUGUCGCUUAUCAAGCGUCAAUUCCCCAAGUUCUUCACGUACCGCGCCCGUAACGACUUCACAGAAGACACGAUCUACCGCCACCUGGAGCCGGCUUCAGCCUUCCAGCUGGAACUGUACAGGAUGAGGAGUUACGAGCUGGAGGCUUUGCCCACCAGCAAUCAGAAGAUGCACCUGUACCUGGGGAAGGCCAAGGUGAAGAAAGGUCAAGAGGUGACCGACUACCGGUUCUUCAUCCGCUCCAUCAUCAGGCACCAGGAUCUCAUCACCAAGGAGGCGUCGUUCGAAUAUCUACAGAACGAGGGUGAAAGGGUGUUGCUAGAAGCAAUGGACGAAUUGGAGGUCGCCUUUUCCCACCCCCUGGCCAAAAGGACGGACUGCAACCACAUAUUCUUGAACUUCGGACCCACGGUCAUCAUGGAUCCGGCCAAGAUCGAAGAGUCAGUGCUGGGUAUGGUGAUGCGUUACGGUCCAAGGUUGUGGAAACUGAGGGUGCUGCAGGCGGAAAUCAGGUUCACGCUCAGAAUCGGACCGGGAGCGCCCACGAAGAACGUGAGGCUCUGCCUAUCAAACGGAUCCGGAUACUCCCUGGACGUGUACACGUAUGAGGAGGUGUCUGAUCCCAGGACUGGUGUGAUUAUGUUUCACUCGUUCGGUUCCCGGCAGGGCCCCAUGCACGGUCUGCCAAUAUCAACACCGUAUGUCACAAAGGAUUAUUUGCAACAGAAGCGAUUUUUGGCGACAUCGCAAGGCACAACAUACGUGUACGAUAUACCGGACAUGUUCAGGCAGACGGUGGAGAAAAGAUGGCGCGAAUGUAUCGACGAGGGAAGUGUUGAUGGUCCCCCCCCAGAUGUGGUGAUGUCGUCAGUGGAAUUGGUGGUGGAGUCUGACGGCGAGAGGAGAGUGGUGGAGGUGACCAGGUUACCAGGACAGAACACUGUGGGCAUGGUAGCAUGGCGUUUGACCCUGUUCACCCCGGAAUGCCCCGAGGGCCGCGACAUCGUCCUGAUAGCGAACGACCUCACCCACUACAUGGGCUCGUUUGGACCCCAAGAGGAUUGGGUGUAUUACAAAGCAUCUCAGUACGCGAGAGAGCUUAAAAUACCAAGGAUCUACGUGAGCGUCAACUCCGGCGCACGUAUCGGCGUCGCCGAAGAAGUUAAAUCGGAGUUCAACGUCGCCUGGGUGGACUCUGAACGUCCCGAACGGGGAUUCAAAUACCUUUACCUGUCCGCGGCGUCGUUCUCCAAGCUCGGACCCCUGGGCUCUGUCAAGACGGCGCUCAUUGAGGACGAGGGCGAGGCGCGAUACAAGAUCACCGACAUUAUUGGCAAGGAGGACGGGCUGGGCGUGGAGUGCCUGCGCGACGCGGGGCUCAUCGCCGGCGAGACGGCGCAGGCGUACGACGACGUGGUCACCAUCUCCAUCGUCACGUGCCGCGCCAUCGGCAUCGGCUCCUACGUCGUCAGACUCGGGCAUCGUGUCAUCCAAGUGGACUCGUCCUAUAUCAUCCUCACGGGAUAUGCAGCUCUCAACAAAGUGUUGGGGAGACCCGUGUACGCUAGUAACAACCAGCUGGGCGGUGUACAGGUAAUGCACCACAAUGGCGUCUCCCACGCUGUGGCACCUUCGGAUUUGGACGCCGUGAGGACGGCGGUGCGAUGGUUGUCAUUCGUACCUAAGGACAAAAUGAGCAUAGUCCCGAUAAUGCGGCCCGGGGACCCCUGGGACCGGCCCGUGGAGUGGAGCCCCCCGCGCGCCGCGCACGACCCCCGCCUCAUGCUGACGGGGGACGCGGCGCGCGCCGGCUUCUUCGACGCGGGCAGCUUCGACGAGAUCAUGCGGCCCUGGGCUCAGACAGUCAUCACUGGUCGCGCCCGGCUGGGCGGCAUCCCCGUGGGCGUGGUGGCCGUGGAGACCAGGACGGUGGAGCUGACGCUGCCCGCCGACCCCGCCAACCUGGACUCCGAGGCUAAGACGCUGCAGCAGGCCGGCCAGGUGUGGUUCCCCGACUCCGCUUACAAAACGUCGCAAGCUAUCAACGACUUCUCCCGCGAGGGUCUGCCGAUCAUGAUUUUCGCCAACUGGAGAGGAUUCAGCGGUGGUCAAAAGGACAUGUACGAGCAAAUCCUGAAGUUCGGCGCGGAGAUAGUGCGGGCGCUGCGCGGCGCCGCCGCCCCCGUGCUGGUGUACAUCCCGCCCGGCGCCGAGCUGCGCGGCGGCGCCUGGGCCGUGGUGGACCCCAGCGUCAACUCCAGGCGGAUGGAGAUGUACGCCGACCCGGAGGCCAGAGGUGGAGUAUUAGAAGCAGAGGGCAUAGUAGAAGUGAAGUACAAACAAAGGGAUAUACUGAAAACUAUGCACCGGCUCGAUCCAGAAUUGUUAAGACUCAGCGCGAGAGUGCAAGAAAUCAAGGAGCAGAUCAAGGACCUGUCAAAGAACCUGGACCGCCGCGGAUCCAUCGACGACGUUCUCAUCAAAACAGACGCAGGCAAAGCCGCUGAGACCAAAGUACGCGAAUUAGACACAGAAUUAUCGUCUCUGGAGAAAGCGAUAAAGUCUCGCGAGAAGGAAUUGAGCCCCAUAUACCACGAGGUGGCCGUGCAGUUUGCAGAGUUGCACGACACUGCGGAGAGGAUGCUGGAGAAAGGAUGCAUUUUUGAUAUAAUACCGUGGCGGGAUUCCCGCCGCCAGUUGUUCUGGCGCCUUCGUCGGCUCCUACGACAGAACUCCCAGGAGAAGAGGGUCCAGGCGGCGGUGGGGGCCGCUGGCGGCAUGGACCACGGCGCGGCCGCCGCCACUCUCAGGAGGUGGUUCACUGAAGAUCUGGGGGAGACCCUGUCUCACCAAUGGGAGCAUAACAAUGAGGCGGUCUGCAAGUGGCUCGAAGCUCAGAUAGGUGAUGACAACUCGGUGCUGGAGAGGAACCUGAGGGCCAUCAGACAGGAUUCCGUGCUGCAAGCCGUCAACACCAUGGUCAUGGAACUAACGCCGUCCCAAAGAUCAGAAUUCAUAAGAAAACUGUCAUCACUUGAAAUGGAGCAAUAAUUUUAUUUAUUUAUAUAGUCAAAUAGGGGUAUUAGAUAUUGUGUACAAAUUAUAUGUUUAUAAAAUGGCCAAAGAUGUGUAACUCUUAGAACGAUGAAUGAAAUGUACCAGGAUUUGUUUGGUAGGAAUAUUUUAUUUUUAUUUUAUUAAACGAGUUUGCGAACAACAUUCGCGUACAGUUAAUAGCGGAAAAUCAAUAGGUUUCUAAUAAUUUCAUAAUUCAUCUUCAUGUAUAUCUAUACUAAUAUUAUAAAGCUGAAGAGUUUGUUUGAUUAAACGCGCUAAUUUCAGGAAGUACUGGUUCGAAUUGAAAAAUUAUUUUUGUGUUGAACUAACCAUUUAUCGAGGAAUGCUUUAGGUUAUAUAAUAUCACGCUGCAACUAUUAGGAGCGAAGAAAUAAUGGAAAAUGUGAAAAAAAUCGGGUAAAAUUAUUCAUCCUUGAGGGCUUCAAUGAUGCCCAAAAUAACUUCACUUUCACAUUCCACGCGGACGAAGUCGCGGGCACAGCUAGUAAAUAAUAAAGUCAAGUAAAAGAGUUCGUUAAAAUGCACAAGUAAUUUACAAUAGUGAGUAAACAUUUUGUGCGGGUAUUUUAAAUAAGUUUAAAGCAAUAAAUUAUUCCAUUUUUAUUUUAUAAUCUUUUCAACAUCUUUGGCCGUUUUGAAAUUAUUGCCAUUUAAAAAAAAUAUUCCCGUAAAUGAGGUGCCACUUUUGUAAAAUGGCAACACUAUAUUUAUAACGAUUUUUAACCACCUAAAUGAGCUUUUAUUAUAUUGUUCAUUCUUUUUUUAUAAUCAGGGAUUAUGCUAUCAUUAUACGUACGUAGAAUUAUAUCUCGAAUUGGAAUAAAUAAACAAAUUUUGUUGCACGACCAUUUUUUUUGGUAUAUUUUUAAAUAUGAUUUGUGUUUAUUAAUUAUUUUUUUAUAGUCAGUUGCCUUGAUUCAAAGUAUUUUUAAGACAAUAACUUAAAAAAAUUAUAUACAAUACUUCGCCUAAAUCUUUUUACAUAAUGUAAAUCAAAAUUUGUUUCUAUUCAAUUGUGUUUUUGGAAUUAAUUUGAAAAAGAAAAAUCAGUUUUGAAAUUGUAAUCUUUUAAGUUAUAUGUCUGAAACUUCUUUGAAUUCGAGUUUAGACUAUACUUAAAAUUGUCAUUGAUUUUUAUAGAAAUAGCGUGUGAGUUAGGAUGUGAAAUUGUGGAGAUGCGAAAUCUCAUGAAUGAUUUUUUUUAAUAUAUGCACUAAAAGAUAUAUUUAAAAAUGCCUCACGGAUUUCAUGUUUGUGUCAUUCAUAACAUAGGGUUAACAUAUAUUUUUGAAUUGCCCGUACCUUGUACAUUUUUAUUUUUUUCUGAAGAGAGAAAUGGAAAAAAAUGCAAGAAUUAAUUUUAUUGCCUAUCGCAUUUAUGUUACUUGGUUUUAUAUUAAAAGUCCAUUUUUUAGGUACUAAAAUAAAUUUAAACAAUCUGAUAUGACUUUUUGUAGGAAAAUAUAUUUUUGAAUUAAUUUAAACCCGUGAGAACAAAACGAACAUGAAAAUUAAGAUACAUAUAGUCUAUCACUUGAAAAGACUGACAAGCCACGUUCAGCUGUUUGGCUUAAUGAUAGAAUUCAGAUUCAAAUAGUGACAGGUUGCUAGCCCAUCGCGUACAAAAAUAAUCCCAAGUCCCAAGUUUUUUAGCCUUCCCUUGUUUACCUUUUACGACAUCCAUGGGAAAGAUAUUAAGUGGUCCUAUUCUAAAGUUCCAUUAAAUAUGAUUCAAGAUUGUUCACUUUUAUUUUUGUACAUAAAAAUAGAACUUAAAAUACCCGACUUGUUAUCUUUAUAAUCGAGUUACUGACACUAUCCACUAGCGUUGACAAAGCGCAUCUUCUCUUUUACACUUGAGGUUAAUCAGAAUGAUAGAAAGAGAGAGAAAUAGACAAGACACGCCUUAUCAACGUGUCCCAAAUAGACAUCCACAGGUGUUUCUCUUAUACUAUCUUUUAUAUAAUCUGUUUGUAAACUCUUUAGUUUUACAUAAUAAAAAAAAUGUAACAAAUUACAAACCAGUCAUUGUAUUUAAAAAAUAUAUAUACAAUGUCGGACUUAUCCUAUAUAUAAUUAUAUUAUUUAUUGGUUCAAAUUAUAAGAUUUGAAGUAGGCGUGUAUUUUGACAAGGAAAAUAAAAUUUAGUUUUAUUAUCAUUACGUUUGUUCCACUUGUGUUCAUUUUAGAAGCUUUCCUGAUUUACGUACAAAUAUGGUACAUUCCUUUUUUUAUCUAGGUUUGAGAAGAGUCGGGAUAAUAUCAUAAUAUAUCUACUUAAAAUAUUUUUUAUGCAUACGGAUAUUGAUAAAUAUAAAUUUCUUAAGAGUAUUUAGCGUUUCUCGUGAUAUAGACGAGAAACAGUACGAGAAACAUGAAAUUUACCAUUUGGUUUUUAAUUGUUUACUUGACUCCAAUCCGAUAUUGUUAGGGCCAUGAUUGUAGUUUCUCGUUGAAUACCUCAGAUUUCUCGUACAUACAUAGAUUAAAUUUCUCACCUUAAUAGUUCUAUCCUGACUCCGUUAGUGCUCAUUGGUUUAUCAAUAACUUGCUUUUAUUGUUGUUUAAUUUUUAGUUAGUAAUAGAAUGAAUGAUACAUUGUUAGGUGAAUUGAUCAAAUCCUUUAUUUUUGUAAAUUUAGAUAUGUGUAUUUAAAAAAUAAUGUGUGACUCAAAUGUUUUUUUGUAAAUCAGCACUUAUGUGAACCUACGGACAAAGGCUAUUGUAUAAAUAUAUAAGGUACUUUGGUAGCUCAAGAAAGGUGUCUUAGACACUCUUUUAAAUUAAGCUGCAGAGCGGCAUCAGAGCUGUAUCAUCCUCUCGUUGACUGACUGACUGACUUAUCAGACAGGAGUCGCUUCGUGUUAUUACUCACUCUUGUGUCCGUUGUCACGGCCGGGGAUAAAACCUAGGAAGAUAAUAUAUAUAUAUAUAUAUAAAAGUAAAGAACUAUUGUUUUAAGUUAUUUAUUUAGCGGGGUUAACGGUGCGCCAUAUAAACGACUCAGAGGGGUGGUAGUUAUCAUGUUGUUGUAAAAAUAUUUAAAUAAAAAUAUUUCGUACGA